UGUAAUAUUAUGGCAACUGCAAAUAACACCAAAGGGAAAGUGACAGUGACAGAUUACCCUGAAUAUGAUUUCUUUACUGUGACAAUGAGAAACAUGCAGACAUCAGACUAUACCCAAUACUGGUGUGCUAUGGCAUUGACUGAAACGUCACCCUAUGAUGACAUGAAGGAGCUUUCAAUAAAAUAUCAGUCUGAUCCUGAUCUGUCUGUGGAGAGAAGUGUAGUAUCUGGUGAGGUAGGGGGCAACGUGAGUGUCCAGUGUCACUAUAGUAACAAGUACAGAGGCGAAAAGAAGAAAUGGUGCCGUUUCAAAGACCCAAAGUGUUCAUCAGUAGGGGGGUCAGUAGCACCUGCUGGCACAAAGUCCCAAAUCAGGGAUGUUGGGGCUGGAACUCUGAGUGUUGAGAUGGUGGGGGUGAAGGAGACAGACACAGGCUGGUACUGGUGUGAGGUGGGAGAUCUGCAGAUACCAGUUUACCUGAACAUCACACAACACGCUGCAAUUCCCAUCCCAACCACAACUACCUGCAACAACAGUGGCUUCACCUCCAAUGGGAUUAAGUCUUCCACAAUAACAACAGGAAUCAUGAUAAGCACUCUCACUUGGGUCACCAACUCAACUGCAGAUGACAAUAUGAAGUUCUCAGUGCACAUCGCCUUUAUUGUCCUUCUGGGGAUAGCUGGAUUACUGUUGCUACUGGUAAUGGUUGGUGUGGUUACCCGGAUAUUCUACAAGGCUAGUGGGUUGCAUAGGGUAUCAAGAGAAAAUAACAAUGUGACGCCUGAGGUUAACCUGACAUACAGUACUGUGGCCUUGAAGAAAGAAACCAACAACCGCAGACAAACCCAGGGCUCCACAGCAUCUGUAUCCACUAUCAGCCCUGACUUGACCGCCAGCUCUGUGCCAAGUUCUAUAGAGGUGAGUCCAUGA